UCAACCCGCCAGCGCACCUCCAAUUUUCCACCGUCGUCAACCAGACUAACAAACCGCCAAAAUGGAGAACGAAAAGGGAGAGAUUGUCGAUCUCUACGUGCCCCGCAAGUGCAGCGCCACCAACCGCAUCAUCAAGGCCAACGACCACGCCUCCGUCCAGAUCUCUAUUGGCAAGGUUGACGAGAACGGCCGCUACACCGGCGAGAACCAGACCUACGCUCUUUGCGGUUUCAUCCGUGCCCGCGGUGAGAGCGAUGACUCCCUGAACCGCCUCACCCAGCGUGACGGAUACCUCCGCAACGUCUGGACCGCCUCCCGGUAAAUGGACUAUUUAAUUGGGUUAAGGUGUGCGGUGUGAUUUGGUCGAUGGCUGAUAUACCAGUUCCAUGGGUAUGUCGGAUAUGAUUUAAGAUAAAUGAAUGAAGAUAUUUCAUACAGACCAGUCAAAUCAAUCAAAAUCAGUCCAUUAAAUUUCAAUUUUUUUUCUUUUCAUUUCUUUUUCUUUUCGCUGUUGUUUCGUGGCCCCCGCCAGGGUUUCGCUGUGGUGAUGUCUGCUCUGUAGUCCGCUCUCUAAUCUCUGUUUCCUUAUUCUCUUGUUCUUCGGGAUGCUCAAUCGGCACAUCAAGGCCUCCUCAUUCACAGAUUGGAAGUACAAAACAUCUAUCUGGCCCCCAUGAGCGAGGAGGUAGAAAGUAACAUCCAUCCGCCGAAUAUCACGUCCGCCUACUGAAGAGCCACUGUUGCAGAGCCGUGCGCUGGGGCACAGAUACGGGUG